GCGGUUGUACGGUAGCUUGACGUACCAUUGUACUGUGAGUCGGCGCACGCGCACGUGUUCGGAUGAGUAAUGUUCUAGUGCCAGUGACAUAGUGAUAUAUUAUCAUAUAAGAUGCUGAAAGGGUUAUCAAUUAUUUCAGCUGUAGUAGCAGUUCUAGUAGGUUAUUUAAUUUAUCAUCUUCACAAAGUCCCAGAUGUCCCAAAAUUAGACUACAAUAGAUGGUGGGGAGAAGGACCACCUCAGCCAGAUGAUAAAACUAUAACACGUUUUGAUAUUGAGUUCAAAGAUGAGAUGAUCAAAGACCUAAGGACGCGUCUACGCAACCGGCGUCCGUUCACAAGACCGAUGGAGGGCAUACAGUCACAAUACGGCAUAAACACAGUGUACUUAGACAAAAUACUAAGCUACUGGCAUGACAAGUAUGAUUUUAAGAAGAGAGCUGCGUUACUCAAUAGAUACCCUGGCUACAAGACGAGAAUACAAGGACUGGAUAUUCAUUAUGUGCAUGCUAAGUCUUCAGCCAAGAAUCUAGUGCCUAUACUACUGAUGCACGGUUGGCCGAGCUCUUCAAAAGAAUUCGAUAUGGUCAUACCAUUACUGGUAGAGGAUAGAAAGCAGUAUGACUUCGGUUUCGAAGUGAUUGCCGUCGAUCUGCCUGGUUACGGAUACUCGCAGGAGACCAACAAACCGGGUAUGAACCCGCUACAGAUCGGUAUAAUCAUGCACAAUCUAAUGAAGCGUCUGGGCUUCAAGCAAUACUACAUCCACGCAGGCGACUGGGGCGCCCAAGUCGGCAACCACAUGAUCACGCUAUUCCAGGAUGAGAUUUUAGGAUUUCACACAAACAUGCCAAUGUCCUCACGGUCUAUAAGUGCACUCAAGUAUAUAGUCGGAUCUUUAUUCUUCCCCAGUCUACUGGUGGAAGAGCAGUUCUUAAACAGAUUCGCACCGUUCGAAGACAUAGUUAGGUACUUAGUAAGAGAGAGUGGUUAUUUCCACAUACAAGCGACGAAGCCCGAUACUAUUGGGGCGGCGCUAACUGACACUCCUGUGGGCAUGGCGGCCUAUCUCCUCGAGAAGAUAGGCAUCGUCUGUAACCGGGAUCAGACGGAUACCCCUCACGGAGGCCUCGAGAGCGUCCAUAUAGAUGAUCUGAUAGACACGCUGACUAUAAUGUGGGCAACCGGCCAUAUCACAACCGCCACUAGAUUGUACUCCGAAGCGUUGUCGUGGCCCGAAGUUUUCAUAGUGCAUGAGAUUCCAACUUACGUCCCGACCGCCGUGAUCAACUUUCGCUACGAGGUGUUCUUCCAACCCGACUGGGUUCUACGCGACAAGUUCCACAAGCUAGUGCGAUCCACCACCGUCAACUAUGGCGGGCACUUCGGCGCUUUGCAGAACCCUAAAGAGCUAACCGAAGACAUAUUCGAAUCGGUAUCAUUGUUCCGCAACUUGAGCAAAUCUGAUUAAAUACUUUUUUUAUUUAAA